AUGUCAGCAGUCGAACUGGCCACCCCAGCCGACGCCCCGCAUCUCACGGAGAUCUUCCUGGCCGCAUUCUCGAACGCCUUCAACCGCAGGUUAUUCCCGCCCACAGCCGAGGUACGAGAAUGGUUUGCAGCGAACGUGCUAAACGGAACGGGCACGGCGCCAGAAAACGAGAUCGUCGUGAAGAUCGCAGACCCGACCACAGGCGAGCUAGCGGGGUUUGCGAAAUGGGUGCGUGUGGCGGGGGCCACUGGCGGGGACAGGAAGGGCCAGAAGCUGUCCUGGCCGGAGAGUAGUGAUCGCGCGCUUUGUGAUUUGUUCUUUGGGACUAUGGAGAAGGACCAUGCGCGGAUUAUGGGGGGGGAGGGAGCAUUAUUGUGA